UGUACCUCCUUCCUCAUCUCACUUGUGCAGUUUAAUGGUUGUGUAAGCAAAGCUGCAGAUUUUAGAGACAAAAAAGAAAGACAAAGACCCAGUUGUAGAGGUGAAAGAAUACAAAGCAUCAUGGCAGCAGCAGCAGAUGCAUGGCAUCCCCUAAAUGUGGUACCAUCAAUAAACUUUCCCUGGUUAGUGCGCUCCAAAUCACUGCUGGUGGCUUUACCCAUUGCUCAGAUCGCCAUAGGUGCAAAGUAUCUAAAGGAGUGUACCCAGCAGAACUACAUCCCUGUGUAUGUGCUGGUGUGUGGAGUGUUUAGCAUGAGCCUGCUCCUGCUUACCUGCCUGCCCUGUUUUCAGAAAGAUAAUCCAGCACUGAAGUGUCUCUGUUACAUCUGGAACAGUCUGGUGUCUGGCUUCACACUCUGCUGGUUCAUUGCUGGCAGUGUGUGGAUCUACUCUAUCUACCCCCCCAACUACAACUCAACUGUGGUGGGUGAGCCCUACUGCAAUAAGAUCCUCUACCAGUUCGCCUUAUGGACCACCACGCUGGUGUACAUCUUGUUAGCAAUAUUAUUGGUGGGAUGUUGCUGUUUGCUCAUAUGUGUGUGUAUAUGCAAGCCAAAAGCCCAGUCUGAAGUAGUUACCCAAGCCUAACUAUUAUGUUAGGAGAAAAAGCUGUCCCCUGUGUAAAAACACUAAGCUUUACAUAUUCAAAGAUGAUAAUAGAUUCAUAAACACUGCUUAACAAAUUCAAAAGUGCUUCAAAAGCCUUCAUCUGAAUGGUAGAUGUAUAUGUUUAGCUCUAAUGUCACCAAAUGUAGCAGGUAGGUCAACCUGCUUUGAUAAUUAUGUCAUGAAUAGGCCAUGGUAAAUGCUUAUAUUUGCUGAUGUGAUCAGAGGGAUGUCUCGUUAACAACAGUAACAUUGCUCUGACGCUAACGUAAACUAAACGAAUCUGUCCGGGUGUGUUUUCAGAUGUCUUAUGAAGCAUGAUGUAGUCUAUCCAGUGUUUUAAUUUUCCUCCCACAUUCUUUACACAUUGCAAUGCUUCUGUUACCACAUGUGGCGCUCCUGCCAAAGCAAUGGCGCUAGCAGGCUCAUGUUGUGAUGCAUCACUAGACUGGGGUGUGUGUGUGUGUGUGUGUGUGUGUGUGUGUGCAGGGGAGACUGUAGCCCAAAAUAAAUAAAUGAAAUAAAGCAACAAAUAAAAAUGAUCUUUCUGUAACUUUCACACAUAGCAUGUACAGGUAAUAAUGGAAAGACUUAUUGUUCACAGGUUACUACUGAUGAGUCCAAGUCAAGUCGGGAGUCAUAAAAGACAUGUUGCAAGUCAAGCCUGAAGUCUAAUUUUAUGCAACUUAACUGUGAUUCAGACUCAAGUCGCAAACUUGAGUGUCUAUCUCUGUAAUGUAUACUGAUAAAGCUAUGUAGUUUGUAAUCCUUGUAGUGACCAACAUCUUUGUGAAACAUGAACAUAUUAUAUAAUGUUCCUCAAGAAACAGGGUCUUAUAAAAUCACUGAUUAGACAGAAGCAAGUACAGUUUACAUGACUUGGGUUUAGGCAGAAACACUACUAAACUUACUCUCUGUAGCCCUGAAUAAGCAAUUCUGAAUAGGCAUCACAAACAAAAUAAAGUAUAA